CCUUCACUACAACAAAUAUGCCUUUUAAUAGCAUUAUCUAAUAGCGUUUUUGUAGGAAUGCUAUGAUAGGAAACCAAUCAUAGCGUUCUGAGAAGAAGAGGAGGAAACGCUCGCGCCUAAGAUUCUGCAGCGUUUCAUUAAACUCUUCAACAGCGUUCCACAAAAAUUAUAGUUGCCAACCCUUCGCACCUCCCCUUGCUGAAAUUCGAAUCGGUUUUGCCAAAGUUAUCGGCAUUAGAUUUCUCAAUCGUGUCGUGCGAACUGGUGUAGAUUUUGGUAGUUCUUGGAUGCACCAGUUGGUGGCUAAUGGAUCGAUCUUCUGGUAUUCUAGGGUUUUAAUCUUGAGUGGCAGGUUUGUUUCUUCUUCUCUAUUUCUCCUACUAUAUAAUCGAUUAACUUUUGUUUCGUACUAAUCUCUCAAUUUCAUCGUUCUUCUUCUUCCUCAAUCCGUAGUCAGAGAAGAAUCAAAGCCCUAUUUGGACAUGUUGCACCAUCAGAAGCGAAACAGUCAGUUUGGAGAGUCCUCACAUGGUUUGAUUUGAUUUUUUCCCUUGAACUCUUGCCCAAAUACAGGGUUAGGGUUUUGUGUUGAUUCAUUACAAAUUAUUUACUAUUAGGGCUUUGUGUUAAUACAUGUUGGUGUUUGGUUUGCUGAGGAAUUGUUGGAAAUGAAAAGAAUUAUUCGCUAUUAGGGCUUUUAUGUUGAUACGCGCUGGUGUUUGGUUUCGUGAGGAAGUGUUGGAAACGAAAAGAAGAUUCAAUUUUUGUUGUCAUUUCUUUUUUCCGUGAGUAGAAAACCGUAAAUUCCAGCUCUACAUUUGAAGAUUAGAAAACACCUGAAACUCAAAGAUCUUGACUUUUUUAGUUUCUUUUGCGCGAAUGUGUUCAUUUGGUAGUGCAGUCUUGUAUACCUGGAAAAUAGUCGUAUAGGUAACCAAUUUGGAUCCUUUAGAGUAGGAAUAAAAGAAUGCUUUAAGAAAGUGAAGGGAAAGAAAGGAAAGUGAAAAGCCUAAUCAGGUAAACACACGGACUCUUGGCCAUGUGACUGAACUGAUUCUCCGGUAAACAUGUGGACUCUCGGCGUUGAUGUGGGUCGGGCCUUCUUGGGCCCAGCCCAGCUUUGCGGAUCGUGGCGCUUGGGCUAACGCGUGGACAACUAUACUGCUCCACGAAUGGUCCAUUCAGCUUCUGGUGUUGAACAUGAGGAGCUAUUAAAGAUCCACUUCUUUCGGACUUGGCCAGCGUACCUCGUCCUGAGGAGCCAAAGUCUGUCUAUGUUGGAGGUGAUUAUCAUUGUCAGGGGUAUAUGCAAGUUUGUGUUGAAAACUCAAUUUGCUCUUGCCUUUGAAGCUCCGGGUGGGUGUCUUAAGGAGAAGGAAGCUGCUAAUCAAGCUAUAGUGUUGACUGUACUGCAGAUCCUAAUGGGAGGAGGUGGAUCUUUCUCAGCUGCGGAUCCUGGAAAAGGGAUGUACUCAUGGUUAUGUUGUCUUUGGAUUGUAGAUUGAGUAGGGUUUAUAUGGUGGGGAGAAGAAAGCGCAAAGGCAAAGAUAAUCCCGUGGGUUGGUGUGGGUAGCUUAGUCCUGGUGUCUGCACUUUGGGGGGUGGUCAUAUGGGGGUUGAUCUGUACUUUUGGGGGGUGGCUCUGAAUAUGUUGGGUUUUAGUUUGGUUUCCUUGGGGUUCUUUUUCUCUUCACUUGUUUAUACAGUUGAGGGGUUUUUCUUUGUGUCUACUAUGGGUUUGAGCUUUACUUGGAGGUUUCUGGGAUCGCUAUUUUCUGGUUUUUGAGAGUUGUGUGGCUUCGAGUCCGGGGGAGUCUAGUGUUCCUGCAACUCUGUAUUUAGGUGGGUGAAUCUCCUGGGGAGUUUGGUGUCCUUGCAGAUUCAGGUUUCAGAUGGGUGAGUCUUGUGUCUUUGGGUUGAGUCUUGUAUCUUGGGUGAGCUCUCUGUUUCUUCGUUAUACUGCCUUUCUUGCUGUGGAUUUGCAUCAAAUUUUGAAGGUUAUUUGGCCAUGGUUGUCGAUUCGGGAGGAUACAUCUUCCAAAGGGCUCUGAUGUGUUCAUGCUAUUUUGCUAUUACAUUUUGCUGCUCCUGCUCACAUUUGGCAGUGGCAGUAAAUGGAAAACUGGAAGGUACAAGGAUAAGGAAAUGGAAUCAUUGGAACGCUACUCUUUGCUACUUAAACAUGGAACGUUUUGCUGCUGAUACAAACGGACACAUAAAGGGCUACAACUCCUAACUUUCACCUAGGUAUUCACCCUUGAUGCUGCAUUUUAUGGCUGGGGGGAAAAAUAUUGCUGUGCGUAAUUUGAGAUAUUCGUAAGAUAGGCAAUUAUUGCAUAUCAGAUUUUGGGUUUUCUUUGGGUUCCACUAGAGUUUUGUUCCCGUUUGGAUUCCACCAGAGUUUUGUCCCUUGUAUUGUUUGGUUCUUCUUCUGAGAGUGACGGAUGUAGCUGACUCUUUGUAAUCUUUGCCCGUUCAUAGCAAUGUUGUAUACCGUACCGGACAUAAAACGGUACACAUAAGUAGGUGUUCUGUACCGCCCCAAAUACCGGCUUGUACCGGUCAAUACCGGGUGUACCAGCCUUUACCGGACCAGCAAAACUUUGAGUUUGUAAUAUGUUAAUCUUCUUAAUUAGGAAUGGACUUUGCAUCGAUAGAAACAUUACGGUGGGGAGGAGCAAUGGCCAUUGCUGGCAGUAUUAGUAUGACUGCCGGUUUGAAAAUCUGCUACGCUGGUCUUGGAACUUUUUUUUUAAUUCUUUUCUCAGUUUUUUGUUCCCUUUGAUGAGCUCAUUUGGUUUAUUUCCAAUUACUCUCUUAGCGGCAUACUUUGUGAUACUCGCAUUCUUUUUGUUGAAUUUGUGUGUAAAGAUAGAUGAUCCGCCCUUGUUUGACAGUUUCAUACUUUCAGCCUUUGUUUUGGGGUGACGAGAUUGCAAUACAUUUUCUACACCAUUUUCAUCUCCAAAACCCUACCAAAUAUCAAAUAUUAGCCACAUAAUCGGCAUGAUCCA